AGUACGGAACAUACAUUAUAUUGCGAAAAGUAUUGGGACACCCCUCCAAAUCAUUGGAUUCAGGUGUUCCAAUCACCUCCAUGGCCACAGGUGAAUAAAAUCAAGUACCUACGCAUGCAGCCUGCUUUUACAAACAUUUGUGAAAGAAUGGGUCGCUCUCAGGAGCUCAGUGAAUUCAAGUCUGGUACCGUGAUAGGUUGCUACCUGUGCAAUAAGUCCAUCUGUGAAAUUUCCUUGUUACUAAAUAUUUCACUGUCAACUGUUAGUGGUAUUAUAACACAGCGGAAGCAACUGGGAACAACAGCAACUCAGCCACAAAGUAGUAGGCCACAUAAAAUGACAGGGCGGGGUCAGUGCGUGCUGAAGCGCACAGUGUGCAGAAGUUGUCAACUGUCUGCACAGUCAAUAGCUAAAGACCUCCAAACGUCAUGUGGCAUUCAUAUUAGCACAACAACAGUGCGUAGAGAGCUUCAUGAAAUGGGUUUCGAUGGCCAAGCAGCUGCAUCCAAGCCUUACAUCACCAAGUGAAAAGCAAAGUGUUGGAUGCAGUGGUGUAAAGCACGCCGCCACUGGACUCUAGAGCAGUGGAGAUGUGUUCUCUGGAGUAACAAAUCAUGCUUCUCUGUCUGGCAUUCCAAUGGACGUGUCUGGGUUUGGCGGUUGCCAAGAGAAUAGUAAUUGUCUGACUG